UUCGAGAUCUUCUACGACUGGCUUUACACGAGGACCAUCUACACUCCAACGGAAGAAGGCAGGAUUCCCUUGACCUUUGACUCCAUCAUCUUCGCAUAUGUCUUCGGAGACGCACACCAGAGUCCGGAAUUCUGCAACGCUGCCAUAAACGCCCUAAUACAGAAAUGUGAUCAAGAUGACGUUCUCCCACUAUAUCAGCUCAAUUACGCUUACGAAAACACCCUUCACGAUAACCUGUUGCGAAAGUAUCUCACGCAUGAUGCGGUUGCUUGCUACAAUUUCGAAGUCUUUCAAGUGGAUGCAGAUAGCUAUCCCAGGGAAUUCAUGAUGGAGGUGAUACUGGCGUCUAGAGAGCUUGAAUGUGCUCCUAGGUGUAUGGCUAGUGGAGAAAAUUGGGCGAGGCUGCUCCAGAAGCGUACUUGCGACUACCAUGAUCACAGUAACGUUUGA